AUGGACCACCCGAGAAGCGGCGGGCUGCGCGCCUCACUUCGAUUCGUGUCUCAGAGGAUAUUGCGCACCACCCCGCGCUUCCUCGCACAAGUCGUCGUCUUCUUCGUCUUCAUCUACUUCCUGGCCACGUUUGCGCCGACGUCGCUUUUCGGAAACGGCUAUGAGAAGUUGCUGGCCUGGAGCGGGCGCCUAGACCCGUCCAUCACCAAGUCGACCGAAGACGUGCGCGUUGUCGUCUUUGGGUCGCAAGAUGUGCUGGGAAGCGCCGUGUCCGACCCAGACUCCUCCAGAACAUCGUGGACGCUGCAGCUCUGCAAAGAGCUUGGCUGCACGUCAUAUCGCUCGCUGGUGCCGCCGGGCGAUGCGAAGCCCGCGCUAACAUCGAACCACCUAUACGAGACCGCUGUUGAUGAAUUUCUGUCGUCUGUGGAAGAUGCGGACCUGCUGGAAUCACCAGCCUCUGACUUUGAAUUCCUCAAAACGCAAUACCCCGUUCCGACGACGCCGGAUCUUGCGGCUCAAGUGGAAGCGUUCCUUUCACUACCCCCAGAGACGAAGCAGUCGCGGAGCACAAUCUGGGUUUUUACAUUUGGAACAUGGGAGGUGUGGAAUCUCGCCUCUCUGCCUCCAGCAACAGCAAACGAUGUUUUGGAUGGCAUGGCCAAGCACAUUUUCGAACAGGCCGAGCUUCUAUACCUGAAAGCCCUGAACCCGCGAUCCAUUGCCUUUUCCAACUUUUGGGCCGACGUGGACCCAUCACACAUGAAGACGCUGAUGGCCGCAGACGCACCUAAAAAGGUCGACGAACGAGCGCUCGAGACUUUUCGCAUCCUCGUGCCCAAGCUCUUUGACAUGACGCUCGCGCCGCUGUGGCAGACCCGUCCCGUGCCGCCCUACCCCCAUACGCGCGCCGAGCACAUGCGCAACGCCAUUGCCCUCACGCGGCGCUGGAACGAGCAGAUCGAGAAGCACAUGGCUGAGUGGCAGAAAAAGGCAAGGUCCAAGCCGGACGGCGUGGAAGACGAGCAUGUCCUCAGCACAAACGACGUGCCCGCGAGCGACGCCGACGUGCAGGGCUUCGUGGAUGCUCUGCCAGAGGACAUGCGGCCGGACACGGGUGCUGCGAAUGUGGCGUUUGCGCCGUAUCCAAAGAGGAUGGGCGCGCAUCUGGCGACAGAGGAAGGCAUGGAGGUGCUGAUGAUGAACGCGGAGAUGAGGCGCAGCGGCGCGCAGGACUCGGCGGGCAAUGGGGCGCCGACGGCGAAUGCGUCGCUGCUGUUUACGGAUGUGUGGAAGCCGUGCUUUGCGAGUGCGAUGGACAGACCCGCGGAAGAGGAGAAGAGUGAUGUAAUAUCGUGCGAUGCGCCGGAUGAGUACUUGUUCUAUGAUGAGUCAACCUUUAAUCAGCGGGCGGUUGAUUAUAUUGUGGCGAGGACGGCAAACGACGUUUUGGAUAGUCUCUUUCCGCCAUUGCAUCAGCGAGUUUUUGGGGCAGCCUACGACUAG